UGUUUGUGCUGUUGGAAUUGGAGGGACCUUUCAGUAUGGGUACAAUGUCUCUAUUAUCAAUGCACCCACGCAGUCUUCAUUUGCAGGUGAAGAACAGGAGCCUCUGAUUACAGAUACGUCAGUUCAAGAGUUUCUAAAGGCAAAUUUUAGAAAACCAAGCAUGUGGAAUAACAGCUUAAAAGUUCUGGCACCUGAAUACUAUAAAAAAGGUGGAGUAUUAUUAGAGUUGAAAAAGGGAUUUUACUAUGACUUCUUGGAUUACACUAAGGCAGGGAGAUUUAGAUCAAGUGUCAGAAUGAGUCCCCUGACGGUAAAAUUUAUUAGGUUGCAAGGCCUCUGUGCUCUGAGAUGUUUCUGAAAACGGUAGGGCCAACCAUCCACCCUGUUCCCCUCCUUGUUCAGAAAGACCUCAGCGCUCUCUCGUGGCAGUGCGUGUCAGGGUGGUGUUUUUCUGCUGGUGCAGUACCUGAGGCAGAGCACAAAGCAAAGCUGCUCAGCGGCCUUUGAGGUGUGUGGGGAGUAGGAAACACAAGGUCUUCCUUGUGGUCAAGGAAGAUUCUGCCAGUCAGAUGAUACCUCUUGUUAACUCCCAGAACUGGUUCUCAGGAUUGGGAUGCAAGUUAUUUGUAUUGCUGUGCUGUAGGGCUGUAUAAAAUGCUACACAUUCAUCACUCUUUUCUACUGCAGCAUAUACACAAGUUCUUAAAUGAGACCUGGAGUAGUCGUUAUCACAAGGAACUAAAUCCAAAUUUGCUGACCUUUCUUUGGUCUGUCAUUGCUUCUGUCUUUUCCCUUGGAGGCCUGUGUGGAGCCCUGAUUGGAGGCAGCAUGGCAAUCCGGCUGGGCAGGAAAGGAGCUCUUUUGAUGAAUAAUGUUAUAGCAAUACUAGCCUCCAUUUUAAUGGGGAUCAGUUUUCCUACAGGAUUGUUUGAGUUACUGAUUGCUGGAAGGUUUUUGAUUGGCAUAAAUUCAGGUAUUGGGUUCUGUGUGCAGCCUCUUUAUAUUGGGGAGUUUGCCCCAAAACAUCUAAGAGGUGGCUUGGCCAUGGGGACUUCCAUCUUUCUGACUGGGGGAAUUCUGACAGGACAAAUAAUUGGUUUGAGAGAAUUAUUAGGUGGAGAAAAGCAUUUGCCUCUGUUGCUAUCCAGCAGCUGUGUUCCAGCAUUUGCCCAGCUUUUAUUCCUUCCAUGGUUUCCUGAAAGUCCCAGAUACCUUCUUAUUGACAGAGGUGAUGAGCUGAGCUGUGCCAAAGCUUUGAAGCGAUUUCAUGGUUCUUCAGAGUAUCGAAGGGAGAUGGAAGACAUCCAGCAAGAAUGUUUUGCCUUAGAUGGGGAGAAACCCAAGAAACCCUGGCAAUUAUUCACUGACCGUGGUGUGAGAUGGCAGCUCAUCACUGUCAUUGUGAUGACAAUGGGCCAGCAGCUCAGUGGCAUUAAUGCUAUUUAUUUCUAUGCAACUUACGUUUUUGAACAAGCUGGGAUCUUGGCAGAAAAAAUCCCAUAUGUAACACUCGGCACUGGAAUUUGUGAAUGUCUCACAGCCCUCUCUUGUGGUUUACUGAUAGACCAUGUGGGAAGAAGAUGCCUUAUCAUUGGGGGUUAUGUCCUCAUGACGCUCUGGUGCACUGUUCUGACCUUCUCUCUGACUUACCAGGAGCUGUACUCCUGGGUGCCUUACAUGAGCAUGACGUGUGUGUUUGCCUUCAUCUUGAGCUUUGGGUUGGGACCAGGUGGCAUAACAAACACCCUGACAGCUGAGUUAUUUGUACAGUCCUCACGUCCUGCUGCCCAGAUGAUUGCAGGGACUGUGAGCUGGAUUAGUUUCUUCACAAUUGGAAUGCUCUUUCCCUUCAUAGUGAAUGGACUGCAGCAGUAUUGUUUUGUGGUGUUCUUACUGGAGUGCUUCUUUGUUGCUGCUUUCAUCUUCCUCAUAAUUCCUGAGACAAAAAACAAAUCUUUUCUGGAAAUCAAAAAGGAAUUUCACAAGCUUAAUUUUGGAAGAAAUGCCAGAAAAAAGGAAACGGAGCUUCAUGAAAGAACACAACUUCAAGAUGAAUUUUUAAAGAUUUCUGCAUAAUUUCACAAAUGUAACAGAACUUCAGUGAGAAUUAUGAACGUAGUAUUCUAAAUUAGGAGUGUAAUACAUGAUCAAGUGGCUUAUUAAAUCCUCCUGUGUAUUUAGAGGAAGUGUAACUAAAGGCAAGUUAAAUAGGGCAGAAAUGCUGUUAAAAUGUGUAUUGCUGAAAUACUAUUAACAACAUAUUAUCUUAGCCAUAGAAGACUUGAUGUUUAGCUGUAACCUGGUGCUAAAUGGACGCAGAAAUGCCAGGGAGGAUGUUCAAUGAACCCCUCUGGGAGAUUUCUGCAGAUAGUUCAGUGACUCUUCUUGCCUUUCAAAGUCCUGCCUUCAGUUUGGGUCAUCGGGCACAUCCAAAUGCUUUGUUGAGUGUAACAUUCUGUGUUCUUGUUAAAACCCACACAAGAACUGACCUACUGAGAACUGAUAUUUGAAAUACUCCUGUUUAUGUAGAAAUAGGGGUAUUUAGUUUCUGUUUUUCAGUUAUGUAACUUUGAAAGCCUUCAAGAUAUUCCUCAUCCAGUCCUACUACUGUACUGUAUGACAACAGUUCAGCACCUCUCUGAACUACUGGUAUUUGUAAUAAAGGCUUGUAUCCUGAUAAAAGA